AAGGGGGAAAUGAUGCUACAUAUUAUAUUUACUUUAAAUGCAUUUUUUAUUUCUUGCAAAUGUCUUUACGUGUAAGGUUGGAUAAAAAGAUAAUUUGGUAAGGUAAGAUCAGAUGGAGUUGCUUUUAAUAUUUUGUAAUAAUUCGAUCAUUUGCGCAUGGUAUAUAUAUAUUUUUUUAUUAGCUUUUGGAGGAUCUUUUGUUCAAGUAACAGUUGAUUUAUUACCGACUAUUGGUCCAUUCCCAGAGGAAGCAAACGCAACAUUAAAAUGUGACUUUAGUGGGAAACCGAAACCUACGAUUACUUGGUUAAAAGAUGGAAUCAACAUCACAAUUAAAAAUGGUAGUUAUGAAGUAUCAAAUGAUAAUCGAGAAAUGAAACUGAUUAACAUCAAUAGAAACAUACAUUCAGGAAAAUAUAGAUGUCUAGGAAGUAACUUUCAUUCUCAAAAUGUGAGGAGCACCUUAUCGACAGUCUCAGUUAAAUGGUUCAACGACAUAUUCAAAUAUGCAGAUACUGAAAAGUUUUUCUACAAUAAAGAUGGUUACAGAUCAGUAAAAUUCACAUGUUCCCCUCCAAACUCAAACCCUGUGAUAUCGGAAACUGAAAGAAACGUACAUUGGUUAAAAGGAUCUGACAGUGUACGAAUAAAUGGCAAAAAGUCAACGGUAAAAGAGAAUGGAAUCAUUAAAGAUUCGAUCGAAUUCGAUGCUCAGUUGGCAGAUGUUGGAAUAAUUGCAUGUGCUUACGCUCACCCCGCUGGCGUGCGCAUUCAUAACAUGACUCUUAGCUUAUUAGACGGUCCACUCCCACCACGAGCACUUACACUCUCAAUUGAUCGAUUCAAUCGAGUGACUUUGACAUGGAACGAACCUGAAGAAGCCAUUGAUGAAUACCGUAUUAAUUAUGGCAUUAAAGGUACGCCAGGAAAACAUGUCACUGUCCAACGUGACAAAAAGUCAUACAUGAUUUCCGAUUUUGAAGAGCAAAAGAUUUACAAAAUUUCAUUGUGGUCUGCUAAAGAAGGCAAGCUAAGUUUACCAUUGACCGAUGAAGUUUUGACAGUGAAAAAACCUGGUGAGGAUUUGUAAUUUCUUCUUGCAUUUUGCAGUUGCAAGCAUGUCAAACGUAUAUGCAAACGCGCAUGAGAGAUGUGUUGUAUGUAUCCUUCAUAUUAAUCUAUCCAAAAAUUAACACGAUUAAAUAAAAUAUAGGAAA